AUGGCUGAGACAGGCGGAGCAACUGCGAAUAACAGAGAUAGUCGCCGCAUGAUGGGCGCGUUGCCGGUGUAUGUUGGACAGGGGUGGUGGAGAUCGUUCAUGGACGAAGCGUGUGAACAUGAACGUGCAAAAACCAUCAAAAGAACGCAUCGUGACGAGAGAUCCAUCAGCGCCCCCAUCCGUGACGGAACGGCGCAUCCAUACGACGUGGGUGGAUGCGGGCCUGGUCGUCAGGGUGCUGUUGUUAGCAGCACCGAUGAGAAAGAUGAGAUAUGCGUAAGAAAGAACUAG